AUGGUGCGAUUAAGUAUAGUCGCUGCGCUAUACGCUGCGGUGGUCAGCGCCGUGGACUUUGAUAAGAUCGCUGUUGGCAAGGGUCAUAGUCGGUUACCGGGAGCUUAUAUCUUUGAGUUUGAAGAGAAUCAUGACUGUGCCGACUUCUUCGCCAAGGCUUCGGCACGAGGCAAGACUCGUAUGCAGUACAACUACAAGCUAUUCAAAGGAGCCUCGAUCCAAUUCACCGACAUCGACAAUGCUGAAGACCUAGCUUCUGAGAUGGCACUAUUGCCGGGCAUCAAGCAAAAAUGGCCUGUCCAGACAUUCAGCAUCCCCAAGCCUGAAGUUCACUGGACGGGUACACCGGGAAUGGAGUACAAGUCUAUUCAAAAACGAGGCUUUGAAGAGAGAGCUUCUGUGAACGAUACGUUCUCGCCGCAUGUCAUGACGCAGAUUGACAAGUUGAGGGCAGAGGGUGUCACGGGCAAGGGCCUCAAGGUUGCCCUCGUCGACAGUGGUGUUGACUACAAACAUCCAGCCCUUGGAGGCUGCUUCGGCAAAGACUGUCUCGUCUCCUUCGGCACUGAUCUCGUAGGCGACGCAUACGACGGCCUCAACCACGCCAAGCCCGACGACGACCCCAUGGACUGCGCUGGUCAUGGCACUCACGUCGCAGGUAUUCUCGCCGCCCAAAAGAACACAAUGGGCUUUACCGGCGCCGCGCCUGGUGUGCAAAUAGGAGCGUACCGCGCUUUUGGCUGUAAUGGUGAAGCUGGAAAUGACGUCCUUAUCGCAGCGUUCAACCAGGCGUUCGAAGACGGUGCAGAUAUUAUCUCAGCUUCCAUCGGUGGUCCGUCGGGCUGGUCUGAAGAACCGUGGGCGGUGGCUGUUUCGAGAAUCGUCGAGCAGGGCGUUCCUUGUGUUCUUGCGGCGGGCAAUGCAGGGGCCAUGGGAAUGUUCUAUGCGAGUACGGCUGCGAAUGGGAAGAAGGUCACUGCUGUUGGGUCGUUUGACAACACCAAGUCUCUCGCGCUCCUGAAUGCGUCGAAAUACAGUAUCGGUGGAGGUCCUGAGCAUGAAUUUGGACACUUGAGCGGUAAGCCGAGUGCCUGGAAGGGCGUGAAACUACCGCUCUGGGCACUCAACUACGACACUUCAGUCGCUGAUGAUGGUUGUGAUGAGUGGCCUAAGAACACACCUGAUCUCAGCAAGUACAUUGUUCUUCUCCGACGAGGUUCGUGUACCUUCGAUGCGAAAGCUGCCAAUGCAGUGAAGGCUGGUGCAAAGUACAUCAUGUUCUACAGCAACAAAGAGGAUCUCGCUCCUUUCGACGUCUCUUCCGUCGCGGGUAUCAGAGCAGCAAGUAUCGUGUCUCCUGAACAGGGCGCAGACUGGAUCGCUUCCCUGAAAGCAAAGAAGAAGAUCACUCUGAGCAUGUCGGACGGAAGUGACGGCAACGUUAUUCUCGAACAGAAGCACAACAACGUCACAGCCGGUGCAGCGAGUACCUUUUCUUCUUGGGGCCCAACCUGGGAAAUGGAUGUCAAGCCUCAAUUCGGAGCCCCAGGCGGUAAAAUCCUCUCAACAUACCCCCGAAGCAUGGGAAGCUAUGCCGUGUUAUCGGGUACUUCCAUGGCUUCACCCCUCGUCGCUGGCAUCGUCGCUCUCAUCGCAGAAGCCAGAGGCACACGCGAUCCAGCUCUCAUCGAGAACCUCCUCUCAGCGAGUGCAAACCCGCAAUUAUUCAACGACGGAAAGAUAUUUUAUGACUUCCUCGCGCCUGUUCCGCAGCAGGGCGGCGGUAUCGUGCAGGCUCAUGAUGCCGCCCACGCAAAAGUUCUCUUAUCACGAUCGAGUCUUUCGUUCAACGACACGGAUCAUUUCGCUGAGUCGUUGAACUUUACUAUUAAGAAUACGGGCAAGAAACAGAUUGAUUUGCAGAUUUCUCACGUCCCGGCCGUCACGAUGUUUACGCUUGUUGAGAAUUACAUUUAUCCGGAUGAAUUCCCUAACGACUUCGCCAAAGAGCAUGCUAGUCUCAAGUUCAGCGAGUCAAAGCUUACUAUCGAUGCCGGUGAAAGCAUUGUCAUUGAGGUUCUGGCUACGCCUCCCAAAGGUCUGAAUGCAACACGGUUGCCUGUUUGGUCGGGUUAUGUAACCAUCAACGGCACCGACGGGACAUCUCUUUCUCUUCCGUACCAAGGCUUGACAGGAUCUCUUCACGACUCAAUGGUUCUCGGACCUAAGGAUACAUGGAUCGCAAACUCAACCGACGAGAACCGCUUCCCUGUGCCAGACAACACAACAUGGACACUCCCCAAGCCUGGCACAGCAAAUAACCUCACCGAUACACUGCCCGGUCUCACAUGGUUCCUCGCUCUAGGCUCAGCAAAACUUCACGCCGAAAUCAUGCCGGUAACAACCGAGAAACCAACCUCUUCCAAAAAGCCGCGCGUUAUUGGCGAACCAGUUGACUUUCCCCUGCUGUGGAACGCAAUGGGUACUAACUCGCAAGCCUUCACUGGUGAACUUGCAGAUGGCACUUUUGCCCCAGCGGGGCAGUAUGUUGUGAGAUAUAGAGCGUUGAGAAUCUUUGGUGAUGAGAAGAAGAAGGAGGAUUGGGACGAGGCGUAUUCGCCUGUGUUUACGAUUCGGUACGAAAAGUAA